GUUAGUAUACUGUGCCUUUAAGAAGAACUUUGACGUCGCUGUGGGCUUGAAUUUGAUUGGCUGGCUGACUUCCGCAUGUUUUUUUGUUUUUUUCCCCCUCAUGAAGAAGAAGCAUGGCGUCAAAAGAACCGUGGAACAGGGUAAACAUUCCUCUUCCAAGUGCAGUUUCCAGUGUCCGGAUACCUUUCCGCUCAACAACAGAUGCAAAGACCAGAACUCUUCUGCUGGAAAACGAGAAAGUCCUUCAGUUAAUCGGCAGUGAGCUUCUUCAAACUGAAGUACGGCUUCUCUAUGAGCUGCUGCACAUCCUCUCGAACAGCUUCAGAGGAAACAAGACCUUCAGUGGUUUGAAGCAGGUUGAACAAUGUGUAAACAGACUGAAGAACAUGAAGCUGGACGUGGCUCUGGAGGAGCUGGCUGAUCUGUGUCCCAACAGGAUCCAAAGAGGAGUGAGCAUCAAGACUGGUGAGUGUGAUGUUCCCAGUCAGCCCACGCUGGAGUGGCUCUGUCUCAAAGUCCUCGGAGCUGGUCAGCUGAUGAGCUGCACGUUGGAUCGCUGCAGCAGAGCAUUCAUACUCUCAAAGCAGCAGAUGAAAAGUGGAGAGUUCCUUAUUUUGAAUCUGGUAAUAACUAGCAUGCUCAGCCGUCUUUGGGUUAUUUUCCGUGGUGUCCUGGUCAGCCUGUCCACUCUGUACCAGGAGCUCCUGGACUUCCGCAGAGAAGUAGCCCAGGCUCAGCCCAUGCCCUUCCUCACAGACUUUUCCCUGCCAGCAGACUUUGCUCAGCUCCUUGGUCCCUCCACUGCAUGUUCACUGUUAAAAAAGCUAAAGCCUAUUUCCUGUGCCAAAGACCACAAGGAAACACAGCAGCAGAGGAAGACGUUUGCUAAAGUCAAGACACAGGGACGGAUUAGGAAGGUUAAAGAAGACCUGGGUGUUGCUCUUGUAAGAGAUAUUUUUCAAGACACAGCUAUGGAGCCAUUUCUUGCAGUUAACAAGAACUUUCCAAAGGGCAACUCCCACCCACAGGAAACUCACAGAGCUAAUGAGAAACCAAGAUUCAAGAAGCAAGUGAGAGAAGCUACGUCCUUCUCUGACAUGGCGACUCGGCUGGAAGACAUGAUCACGUGGUGCAAAUCCCGGAGGAUGAAGAAGGAAAAACGCCUUUUAACCUUCCUGCAAUUAAAGUGCAAGAAGAUGAUAUGUCUAGAGGCUGCAGGUUACAACGUCGAGAGGAAGUUAAAGAGCUUCAGACAGGAAGCUUCCUGGGCUUCAUCUCCUCAAGGUCCUGCCCCGAGAACCUGCCGCUUUUCUUCCGUGCUGAGGAGAAACACUCGCCGGAGGAAGCGAAUUCAGCCACUCAGGAGCCGAUUACGUUUUUCAACAGUUGGGACUGGUAAAAAAAGAAAGACAGGGCUGAAGAAGAGACAGAAGAGAAGUAAGAUAUCAACUUCUGGACUCUCAGAGGACACUCUAAAACCCUGGACGACGCCAAAGGUGACAAGUCAGACCACCCCCUUGGGCAACAAUGAUGCCAUAGAUGAUAUUUUUGCCUCCAUUGGCUUUUGACACUUUUGGAUUGAGUGAAUGGAGACGGGUUACUGUGUUCACCUGAGCAUAGUAUAACAAGGUAUGAGAAUUUUCAUAACUCCUAUGAAUUGGGGGGAAAAAAAUUCCAAUAUGCAACAAGUUUUAUAUACAUAUAAUAUGCCGUUUAAAGUUGUGUUUGACAUUUCACGAAAAAUGCUCAUCCUCCCAAACACUGUCGUCGACCUGAGCAGUGAUUUCAACAAUGAAUUAAAAUAAAGGUGGAACAGCAUGAUGGGAGCAUUUGUGGUUUAAAAAUCUAAUUUAUGUUGCUCCUUUUUACACUGAAGCCGUAUAUUCAUGGUAUUGGACACUAAAUGAGGCUUUAGGCCCUUUCACACACACACACAUACUCGCUCGCUCGCUCACACACGAUGAAAUACGAUUAUUAGAGGUGUUAAAUGCUCUUGUUGUUCUGCCCUUUUUAAGACGGACUUGUAAUAGCAGACUAUUACUUCUGCAUGAGGAAAUAAAAUCAGGUUAAUGAGCCAUGUUCAAGUAGUGGAUGACACUCGUAAAUUCAGAUCCCAUCUCUAGGAGGAUUCUCUGUGAUAUAAUGUGACACCAGCUGAGGAAGCACCUCGCCAAGGCUCUAGUAGUAUUUGUGGCUCCACCUGGUGGAAAUGAUAGUAAAUGACUGUCGGUGAUUGUUCCCAGACAGUUUUUUUACACUUGGUCAAAUGAAUAAUAAACUUAAAAUCAUGA